AUGGCGGCCGAGGUGUUCUCGCGGCCGGGCCGGUUCUCGGGGGCGCUGGCCGUGCCGCCCAUCUCGCGCCGGGCCGAGCCGGACGAGGACUCUUCGUCGGACGACACGGAGGGGGAGGGGGAGGGGGAGGGGGAGGACGAGGCCGGCUGCCCGGGGCGGCGGGGCGGCGGCGGGGGCCGCGGGGCCGGCGGCGGCGGGCGGUGGCGGGGCAAUGGCGGCGGCGCGGGCGGGCCGGGGUCCAGGGCCGGGCCCGGCCGUCGGGCGGCGCAGAUCAUCCACUCGGGCCACUUCAUGGUGUCGUCGCCGCACAGCGAGCACCCGCCCAAGAAGGGCUACGACUUCGACACCGUCAACGAGCAGACCUGCCAGACCUACCGCUUCGGGGCGGCGGCCGAGCGGGGCGGCGGGGCCGGAGGGGGCCAGGGCGGCGGCGGCGGCGGAGGGGGCGGCCGCCUCAGCAUCGACGCCUCCCUCACCAAGCUCUUCGAGUGCAUGACCCUGGCCUACAGCGGCAAGUUGGUUUCCCCCAAGUGGAAGAAUUUCAAAGGCUUAAAGCUUCAGUGCAGGGAUAAAAUCCGGCUCAACAACGCCAUCUGGAGGGCAUGGUAUAUUCAGUAUCUAGAGAAGCGAAAGAACCCCGUUUGCCAUUUUGUGACUCCCCUGGAUGGUUCUGUGGAGGUGGACGAACACCGUCGCCCUGAGGCUAUUACGACAGAAGGGAAGUAUUGGAAACGGCGAAUAGAAAUAGUCAUCAGAGAGUAUCACAAGUGGAGGACCUAUUUUAAGAAAAGGUUACAGAAACACAAAGAUGAAGACCUCUCCAUCUUGGUUCGGGACGAUGACAUGUUGCUGUGGCAUAAAGACAGGUACGGCCAGGAGAGUCCCGUACCCAUGGAACUGGACUCCUUCUUCAGUACAGACAUGCUCAUGUCAGAGUUGCCGGACACCCUCUUCUCCACACUGUCUUCUCACCAACCGGUUUCCUGGCCGAAUCCCAGAGACAUCGCUCACGUAGGAAAUGCCGACAUGAUACAGCCGGGUCUUAGUCCUCUCCAGCCCAACUGCAUGGAUACUUUUGAAUUUUUUCAGGACCUUUUCUCAUCCAGCCGUUCCAGUAGUUACACCACCCCCUCUGUUCCUGCUCCCAACCACGUCAUGGUAGAUGCCUGCAGCCAUCCCUCCCAGACUGCAGAGCUGUCCUCGGGGCCUUUGCCCAACUCGCUCCCACCUGUGAACCUCAGCGAAGCGCUUGUUGGCACCUCAGUGCCUGCCUCCAUCAUUCCCGGCGUGGCUGACAUUGGUGCUGAUCUCCGCCUGAGAACUGGAGCCUCCUUCUUGCAACCACCGGGUUUCAACACUGAGCCGCCUCUGAGCGGGCAGCAGCCGUUCCUGCCUUCGUUCCCAGCUCUGAUGCCGCUCCUUCAACCCCCGCAGCAGGCGUCCGUGUCUCUGGAUGCAGGCAUGCCCUCUCAGACAUCCUUGUUUGCUUCUCCGGAGCCCCCAAAGCUCGGGCUCAGCAAAUCCUCCGUGAUCACCCACACCGCUUCUGCUACCCCCACGCACAACGUGCCCGCGACCACCUUCAGCCACAGCCAGAGCGGCCUCCUGGCAACCCAGCAGCCAGGAGCAGGAGUGCCUUGCAACCUGACCCUCCAGACUGCCGUCGUGCAGGGACAGUCUCUGCUGCAGCCCCAGGGCACCUUCGCGGUCCCCUUGCCCAGCACCGGGACUAGGCCCAAGAAGCCACCGAAGCUCGUGCCUGCUCCAAAGCCGGAAACUGUGUCCUUAGUGUUGAAAAACACCUUUCUCGCCCCAGCUGCCUUCCAGGGACCGCCCAGAGCUGUGAUCGUCACUCCAGCCCCCAUGAAGAGAGAAAGUGUUUUGGCCCCAAGGAUCUCCCAACCCAAUGUUGUCAUUGCCCCAUCUGGACUGGCCAGGGCGCCCCAGACGACGGAAUUCCACGGCAGCAUCUUGCUCAGCCCCGGCCCGCCGUCUGGGAGCCCCCAGCCUGGGCCGGCCACCGUCCCACAUCUCUUCUCUCCCGGUGCGAUGCAGGAUGCGUUGGUGAAAGGCGAGCAGGCCCUCCCCCGCCCAACCUGCCCACAAGUCCCCUCACCUGUCCCCAGCAGAGACUGCCAGCCGUCGGGGCAGGCAUCGCCCUGCGCCAGUCCCAGUCCUCAGUCACCACAGAACAACUGCUCAGGGAAAACCACAGCUGACCCUCACGUGGUGGCUUUCAAGACCCGAAGGAUGAAGCAUAUUUCAGCAGAGCAGAAGCGGAGGUUUAACAUCAAGGUUGGCUUCAGCACCCUGAACGCCUUGGUGUCGCCUAACUCUAAAUCGAUCAGCCACGCCCUCACGCUCCAGAAGACGGUGGAAUACAUUGCAAAGCUGCAGCAGGAACGGUCCCAGAUGCAGGAGGAAGCCAAGCGCCUCAAGGAAGAAAUCGAGGAGCUGAACGCUACCAUCAUCUCCUGUCAGCGGCAGCUCCCUGCGACCGGUGUCCCCAUCACACGGCAGAGAUUCGAUCGGAUGCGGAGUAUGUUUGAGGAAUAUGUCCGAAACAGAACCCUGCAGAAUUGGAAGUUCUGGAUUUUCAGCAUCAUCAUUAACCCCUUGUUUGAAACGUUCAAUGGAAUGGUGUCGACAGCCAGCUUGGAGGAGCUGAACCAGACGGCCUUGGCCUGGGUGGACCAGCACUGCUCUCUGCCUGUUCUGAGACCAAUGGUUUUGAACACCCUCCGGCACCUUAGCGUCACCACCUCCAUUCUCUCCGACCCGUCCCGGUUGCCAGAGCAAGCGACCAAGGCUGUCAGCAAGAUGAACCAAACAGCUGGAGAAACCUAACCAAACCUUUCCAAAGAGGGCAGCACAAGCUCCUUCAACCUGGGCAGGCGAGCGGCCGAGCCUCCCAGGACCUCAGAACUUCCUCCGUGUGGUCAGUUUGCUGUGGGACCUUGGCCACGAGGCUGCAAAGGUCGUGGCGGGAGGGCGGGGCCCAGGGGACGACCCUUCGCUGCUGUGCUGAAGGGGCUCGGUCACACGGGAAAGCCGACUCAGGUAAACAAGCAGGCCCGAUACCUGCACCAGCAAUAGCAGCACUCCUUCAAUGCAAUGUCACAAAAUCUAUGCAGCAUGGACAUUUAAGCGACGCGACCUCCAGCACUCGAAACAGAUGGAGGCAGCAGAGCCGAGGCCACAAGGAGCCACGGCGUUAAAAGGGAAACAGGUUAAAAAGCUCUUUUUUCCCCCAUUUUGCUCUCUUUCAUUUCCCAGUUCUUGGUUUCCUCCUCAGGGAAAAACGGAAGGCGGGGGGGGGGGGGUUCAGAGCCCCGCCUUCCCCAAGUGGAAGUUGGACUUCUUUUUGAGCAGUGGGUCUUUUCCUUCUUGACCUUUCCUGGCAGCAGCCUGGCAAAUUGCCUGGGAAAGGGCAGGGGGUGGGCAUCAAAAUGCUGACAGACGAGUCAGAAGUUGCUCGGGGCCCCCGCAGGCCUUCAAGGAGUCGCCAGGAGACCUCUGGAGCCGGCGAAGGACUUCAGUGGGAAACGCUUCCAUAACCAAAAGGAGGAAGAGAACAUCUUCUCAGCAGGAUCGGAGCACAAUAUUGACAGCGAAUGUGUCCUCUCCCCACAUUUUUACUGAGAUGGGAAUGCUACAGUUUCUUAGUUCAAACUGUCAAGGCGGGAUCAGCCUUGCUUUUGCGGCAUUUGAGUAAAUGGCGUAUUAUUAACUUCUACUAACUUCCAGCGACUGGCUCUGUGCAGCUUGGCAGAAGCAGGGAGAGCGUUUCUUAGGAUCAUGCCAUUUUGUCUCUCUCUCUCUCUCUCUCUCUUUUUUUUAAAGAAGACCUUUUCACUCUCCUGAGAGGGUCUGCUUUUUGGCAGACUUGGCUGGCCUGGUUACAGCCAGUGGCGCAUGUUGGUCUACGAAAGCUACUAGUUCCGUAAGCAGCAAUGUACUAGUCUUCCUACACUUACCUAUACUGGCACACUGUCAACCAAGUUUACAACCUUUUCCUGCCUGGUCACCCCAAAGUGACUCUUACUUGGCACGGGUAACCGGUGGCCAUAUGCAGGCACAUGCUGAAAAGCUUGAAAGCUAUCCGGAUGAUAUUUGCAGAAAAUUGUCCCAGAGGCACGAGGGGCUGGUUGUUGUUGCUUUUCUGGGCUGUGGUCUGGUGGUUUUACUCCUGAUGUUCUGCUUGCGUGGUGUAGUGGUUAAGAGCAGGUGCACCCUAAUCUGGAGAACCAGGUUUGAUUCCCUGCUCUGCCACUUGAGC